AUGAAUAGAAACUGUCCGUUUAGAUGUGAGAGACCUACUUUCUAAAAAAUUCACAGAACAAUAAAAAAUAUGCUUUUCAAGUUCAAAUUUGAAUGCAAAUUUGCUGCAAUGGGGUGCUAAGAUAAGAUAUACUAUGAUAAGCUCUCUAUCCAUGAACAAAACUGCCCUUAUGAAAUAGAAACUUGUCAGAAAUGUUAGAUUCAAAUGAGAAUAGCUGAGAGAAAUGAACAUGACUGUGUUACAUCAUUGAAAAAUGAAGUAUAAAGACUAUCCAAAACUUCCAAAUCCAGGUUAUUAUUUUACACAUCUGGAGGAUCUCAAGAAUUUCACAUAUUUGAGGAAAAAAGCCUAGAUUGGUCAACAUUAAAAUUAACUGGGGAUUUUUAAUUUCCAAUUUUACCAUAAAUUGUUGUACUAAAUGGAGGUAUUAAGGAUUAAGUCUCAGUAAAUACCAGAAUAAUUGGAAUUGGUGGUAUCAAAUAGCAACAAAAAGUUAGAGAGGAAGGUAAGUAGUAAAUAGUAGAAAAAGUUUAAGAGCCAUGCAAGGAUACAUUUGAAGUCUUCAUAAAUCUGUUAACUGCUAGACCCAAAUUCAAUAUGAGAUAAGCAAGGGCCAUGUUUGGAGUUGGAGUCGAUCGUCUUCAUAAUGAAAUAUAUGUUGUUGGUGGUAUUGAUUCUGAGAAAAAGGAAAUUGCAGAAUGUGAGAUUUACGACAUCAAACAAAAUAUGUGGAGUUAAUUACCAAGUAUGAACUAAGCAAAGUCUUCCUUAUCCCUAAUUGUUGUAAAUACAAACUUUUUAUAUGCUUUUGGAGGUUAUCCUAUUUCAAACUCGUCUAUCGAGCUUUUCUUUGAAUAAAAAUGGUCAAAAAUGGAACUAAAAGAAGGUGAGUAAUUUGUUCAUCCAUUUUGGAGUGGCAGCUACUUAAGUGACAAAUUAGAUGGUAGUAUUCUGAUAUUUGGAGGAGGGCUUAAAUAUAAUGACGCUGAUUAAUGCUAUGAUUUUAAUGCAGAUAGUAGGACCUUUUAAAAGAUUAAAAUGACUAUCCCCAAAGAAGAUAGAUUCUUUUAUAAUGCCCAAAAAAUAUAGUUGUCAGAGGAUAAUUUCAUCACCUUAGGUAGGCAUGGUGUUUAUAAGAUUGACUUUGUAAAAAGAACUUGCUAUAAGAUUUCUACCGGCUAUAGAGAUCUUGACUAAUAAUAGCAAUAAAUUUAAUAAUUAUGA